AUGACUGACAGCGGGGAUCUUUGUCCUCACUUGGACUCGAUUGGUGAAGUUACUAAAGAAGAACUGAUUCAGAAAUCAAAGGGCACGUGUCAGUCAUGUGGAGUAGGUGGACCAAAUCUCUGGGCAUGUCUGCAGUGUGACUGUCCUUAUGUAGGCUGUGGAGAGUCGUAUUCAGACCACAGUACUAUUCAUGCACAGGCCAAAAAGCACAAUCUGACAGUAAACCUGACCACAUUCAGGGUGUGGUGUUAUGUCUGCGAAAGAGAGGUGUUUCUGGAACCGAAGCCUGUUACUCCUGUAUCAUCAGCUCACCGCUGCAAACCACAUGACCAGGAUCCUGUUUCGCAGACUACAUGUUACCCAUUGAAGGCGGUGCCUAUCGCAGUGGCAGAUGAGGAGGGCUCAGAGUCUGAGGAGGAUGAGCUCAAACCUAGAGGUCUGACAGGGAUGAAAAACAUUGGAAACUCUUGUUAUAUGAAUGCUGCACUGCAGGCCUUGUCCAACUGUCCUCCUUUGACUCAGUUUUUCCAGGAUUGCAGUGGAUUGGUGCGUACGGAUAAGAAGCCGGCAUUGUGUAAAAGCUAUCAGAAGCUUAUCUCUGAACUCUGGCACAAGAAACGGCCGAGUUAUGUUGUGCCAACUACUCUGUUUCAUGGAAUCAAACUGGUGAACCCCAUGUUUCGUGGCUAUGCUCAACAGGACACUCAGGAGUUUUUGCGAUGUCUGAUGGACCAGCUUCACGAGGAGCUGAAGGAGCCUUUGUUUGACUGCAGCGGUGGCAUCUCUGAAGUCGAGCCUGACCUCAGUCUGGACAGCUGUAAUCUUGUGGACGGAGACCGAAGCCCCUCUGAAGACGAAUUCCUGUCGUGUGACUCUGGAUCAGGAAGCGAAAGGGGAGAUGGAGAGCGUGCAGGAGGAGAAGCAGAGCUCCUCAUUCAAGAUGAAUGUGUGGCAGUGAGAGGAACCGGAGGCAUCUCGGAGAAAGAGAGGCUGAAGGAGAGAAGAGGAGAAGAGAGGACACGUGAAAUGGAUGAGGAUGCAGAUGUGGACACAGCUGCACAAGACGGACAGGCUGAGAGAGAAACUGAAACAGCGACACCAGCCACAGCUGUGCCGGCACCAGGAAACACAGAACCUGAUAAUGAAGCUUCCAUGCACUGUCCAUCCUCUCGCCCCUGUAGCCCCGCUCACAGUGUACAGGAGCUUCACUCCAGACUCUCUAGUAACCCACCAAGAUCCAGCCCUCUCAGAACUGGACCCACGUAUACUUUCAAGAAAGCUCAGAUGCUACUGAGCACCAAGAAGAAGAAGCAGUCCCGUUUCCGUAGUGUUAUUUCCGAUAUCUUUGAUGGAUCCAUUCUGAGUCUUGUUCAGUGUUUGACAUGUGACCGGGUUUCGACAACUGUGGAGACGUUUCAGGACCUUUCUUUGCCUAUACCCGGUAAAGAAGAUUUGGCUAAGCUUCAUUCCUCCAUUCACCAGAGUGCACCUGUUAAAGCUGGUGUCUGCACUGAUGGCUAUGCUGCACAGGGCUGGAUCUCCUACAUCAUGGACUCUAUACGAAGGUUUGUAGUGUCCUGUAUUCCAAGUUGGUUUUGGGGCCCCAUGGUAACGCUAGAGGACUGUCUGGCAGCUUUCUUUGCUGCUGAUGAGCUGAAAGGAGACAACAUGUAUAGCUGUGAACGGUGUAAAAAAUUAAGAAAUGGUGUGAAAUAUUGUAAAGUUCUGCGUCUACCAGAAAUAUUGUGCAUUCACCUGAAGCGCUUCAGACAUGAAGUCAUGUACUCGUUCAAAAUAAAUAGCCACGUGUCAUUCCCAUUGGAGGGUUUGGAUCUCAAACCGUUCCUGGCUAAGGAAAGCCCGUCCCAGAUUACUACCUAUGACCUGCUGUCUGUCAUCUGUCAUCACGGCACUGCUGGAAGUGGGCAUUACAUAGCGUACUGCCAGAAUGUGAUCAAUGGACAGUGGUACGAGUUUGACGAUCAGUAUGUAACAGAAGUGCACGAGACAGUAGUCCAGAAUGCUGAAGCAUAUGUCCUAUUCUACAGGAAGAGCAGUGAAGAAUCUGUGAGAGAAAGACAAAGGGUUGUCGCUCUGGCUAAUUUGAAGGAGCCCAGUUUGCUGCAGUUCUACAUCUCCAGAGAGUGGCUCAACAAAUUCAACACAUUCACUGAGCCCGGACCCAUCACCAAUCACACUUUCCUUUGUCAGCACGGAGGUACUCGAAUUCCUCCUACGAAGUACCAUUAUGUGGAUGAUCUGGUUGUGAUCCUUCCUCAAAAUGUGUGGGAAUAUCUCUACAACAGGUUUGGAGGUGGCCCGGCUGUGAAUCACUUAUAUGUGUGUGCAAUUUGCCAAGUGGAGAUCGAGACCUUAGCCAAACGACGGAAACUGGAGAUAGACACCUUCAUUAAGUUAAAUAAGGAGUUUCAGGCUGAAGAAGCUCCUACCGUCAUCCUUUGUAUAAGCAUGCAGUGGUUCAGAGAAUGGGAGAACUUUGUCAAGGGCAAAGACAAUGAGCCACCAGGCCCCAUUGACAACAGCAAGAUUGCAGUAAUGAAAGGCGGUCAUAUCCAGCUUAAACAAGGAGCAGACUAUGGGCAGAUAUCUGAAGAAACGUGGCAGUACUUGUUAAGUAUUUAUGGCGGUGGGCCAGAGAUUGCAGUGCGGCAAACCAUCAGCCCCCCAGACACUGACACACACGGGGAGAGGAAAAUAGAGGCAGAGACCAGAGCCCUCUGA